UGGAAGUUGUUGUUUAAACUUGCUUCCUCUCUUCUUUCAUCUCUUUCUUUCUGGCUCGAUUUUUGUGGGUUACUUUUGCUAGUAGUAAGUUAUUAUUAGAAAGAAGGAAGAAAGACUUUUAGAGAGAGUCGAGAGUAAGAGGAAAGCCAAAAUGGCGUGUUGUAUGGAAAAAUAGGAAAAUAAUGUGUGAUUCACUUCAAGUAAAGAUUGGUUUACAUUUUGUGUUACAACUGAUCAUCUAGUACAAUAAUGGCAAAUUAACCGUUUGACACCGUAUUUUUGGAUACAUCUGUAAUUUGAAGCAAUUGUUUUUUGUAUUGGACUGACAUUUCAACAGAAACAAUAUCAACGGGGUUCUUGUGAAUAAUCUUUCCAACCAUAAGAUUGUAAAACCAGAAUAAUCAUCAAAUCGGCUUGGUUUUUAUCAUCUGGUGGAGUUACAUGCUCAUCACAUCAGUUUUUUACCAGGUAAAAGCAACAAUUUGAAUGAGAUUCUAUCUUGACAAAUUCACCAUCUAUUAAACAACUGUAACCGACAAAGAAAAAGUGAAAUGAUUGUGACAAACGAUGACAGAGAGUGUUGCCGGUCACUUGUCUGUGAUUCUAAUGGUAUCAUUAUUGCUGAGAUGGUCUAUCGAUGCAUGAUUUGUGCAUAUAUUACGGAUUCAAUAUGUGAUGCUCAGAGACACUAUCAAAUACGUCAUAUGGAAACCGAUGUCCAACCAUCAUCAUCAACAUCCAACCUUAAAAGCGAGCCUCUUGACUCUCUUGACGAAGAAGAUGAUUGUGAAGAAGCAGAGCCUUCUGGAUCAUCACCAAGUAAUGCCAGAGGUGGUUUUGUUACCUGUGCAGUUUGUCAUAUAACCAAAUUUUAUGCUAGCGUUCAAAGACGCUAUGGUCAAUUUACAUGCAUGGGAUGUGCAAAAUUUUUUGGAAGAUUUUUGCUAAAACCAAGAAAAUAUUGUUGCCCUAAUCUAGGUAAUUGUCCUCUUGAUGCUACACCAAGAUGUAAAGCUUGUUUACUUCAAGCUUGUAUUGAUACGUACCAGAUUGACGAGAAAAGAAUGAAAAUAGUGAACGCUAACAGACCAGUUCGUAAAUUAGCCGUCAACCGUCAACCAAGCUCAUCCAACAACAACACUACACGAGACGUUAAUUCAUCGGCUUUGACAACUUCAUCUCUUCCAAUUACCCAUAGCAACAAUGAUGCAGGUCUAAACUCGUCAACCAGUGAUAAUAAUAGAAUGGACAUAAGUCCUCAAAAGACCAGUAUUUUAGGUCAGCAAUUAACCUCAUCAUCAGCAGCUGGCGCAAUAGCAGCAGCGGCUGCAGCGGCAGCAUCAUCAUCAAGUCGUUCCCGUACAUCUAACACUGCAGUACUUGCUCUUUUACGGUCAACUGGUAAAAAGAAUUGGGGCUGUCGUAAAUGUGCUGGCUGUCUAGUCGAGGAUUGUGGCAAGUGCAACUAUUGUUUAGACAAACCUAAGUUUGGAGGUGCCAAUACUUUGAAGAAAAAAUGCAUACAAAGAAAGUGUCUUUUACAAGAACAGCAAAAAUUGGAACAGGCACAAAAUAGCUUGAGGAACGCAUUGAAAUAACCCUCUUUAUCUUACUACAUCCAUAUCUAAGGUGAAAUGGGAAAUGCAAGAUUAAACCAACGAAGCAAUCAGUCUUAAUCUUUUCACUGGUACUACAAACGAAAAAUUGACCUAUCCUUUAUCGAAAAACUUGCUUUAUCCCUCAUUUAAUCUGCAUCUUGCAUCUCAAGUCAGCUUGGGUUAAACAUUAAGACCAAUUGUACUCUAAUUGACUUAACCUUUAUUCAUUUACUCUCUUUAUCCACCUUCCUUUUAAAUUUUUCAAUUUAUCUCAACGCUUGAUCUUUUCAAGCCAUUGCUCUUGUUUGAUCUCUAGUCAAAUCAACUGUGUUUGUAUGAAUACAAAAUUAUUGGUAGAUUUCACCUGAUUGGUAUCUUUAGGGAUCUCAUCUUUAAUAAUAAUCUAAAUUAUCCUAAAGUCCAAGACUAAUUUGACCAAUAAUAAAUGAUUUUCAAAUCAA